CUCAUUAUAAGCAAGAAGAUUCAAACAUAUUUGCUAACAAAACUUCAGAAUCAUUGGAAAAAUUACCCAAAAAACAGCAUGUAUUGGGUCAAAUCUGGAUCAGCUUUCUUCUUUGUGCUGAUCAUAUUAAUGCCGCCGGCGCAAUCUGUAACACAACCCAGUUCAAACUGCACCACCACAUGCGGCGGUGUCAACAUCCCAUUCCCUUUUGGCACAAACCCAGAUUGCUAUCUAGAACCGUCUUAUCUUAUCGUUUGUAACGACACCCAUUUCAAUCCUCCCCGUCCAUUUCUGGGUUCUGACACCGAUAAUCCCACCCAAGUGAUCGAGGUAAUGCCCGACGGACAAAUGAGGGUCUCAUCACCUGUCGGUCGCAGUUGCUACAACCAAUCCGGCGCUGAAAUCAACGACCAGACCUUAAACGCUACCCAACUUCUCCCAGACAACUUCUUCUUCUCCAAUACGAAAAACAAGUUAAUGGGUAUUGGUUGCGAUACUUUGGUAGUAGGUGUAGGCGACUUAAAUGUUAACUUUACUUCUGCUUGUGUAUCUCUCUGCGCUACUCCUCAGGAUGUUAUCAAUGGAUCUUGCUCUGGUUUCGGGUGUUGCCAGACUUCAAUACCCAAACAGGCAAAGAAUUAUGGGCUUGGAAUUGUCAGUUUAGAUAAUCAUACGAAUGUUUGGGAAUUUGAUCCGUGCAGCCAUGCUUUUCUUGGCGAAACCAACGCUUUCAACUUUACAUUAUCCGACAUUCGCGGCCUUUUAGAUAGGAAGAGUUUCCCUGUUAUGUUGGAUUGGGCGAUUGGGAAUGAGAAUUGUGAAGAAGAAAAGAUGAAUUCUUCGAGCUUCGCUUGCAAAGCGAUAAAUAGUGAUUGCAUUGAUUCGACGAAUGGACCUGGCUAUUUCUGCAAUUGCUCUUCUGGGUAUCAAGGAAAUCCUUAUCUUGUUAAUGGUUGUCAAGAUAUUGAUGAAUGCAAACCAGCUUCAAAUCCCUGUAAUUCGAGCGCAAUAUGCGUCAAUUCAGGGGGAACUUUCUCUUGUUCUUGUUUGAAAGGAUUUGUAGGAGAUGGUUUGAGAAACGGAACAGGCUGCACACCAAAGGAUCGGUCUAAUGGAUCUACCUUGCUUAUCAUAGCUCUAAGUGUUACUGUUGGCCUGUUAGUCCUGGUAGUUGUAGGCUCAUGGUUAUAUUGGAUUCAAAGGAAAAGAAAGAUCAUAAAGCUUAGGGAAAAUUUCUUCCAACAAAACGGCGGCUCGUUACUACAACAGAAGCUCUCACAAGAUGAAUCCUCGACACGCAAUCAAACUACAAGGAUUUUCACUAUCGAAGAUCUCAAGAAGGCGACGAACAACUAUAGUGAAGACAGAGUUAUCGGGCAGGGCGGAUUCGGAACAGUCUACAAAGGAGUAUUGCCCGAUGACAGGGUUGUCGCCAUUAAGAAAUCUAAGAUAAGCGACGAAAGCCAAACAGAGCAAUUCGUUAAUGAAGUAAUCAUCCUCUCUCAAAUCAAUCAUAGAAACGUGGUGAAGCUUAUAGGAUGCUGUCUAGAGACGGAAGUCCCUUCUUUAGUUUACGAGUUCAUCACUAAUGGAACUCUUUCCGAACGCAUUCAUGAUGAUGAUUCUGCACUCCCUUUGCUCACGUGGGAAAUGCGUUUGAAGAUAGCUGCAGAUACCGCAGGUGCAUUGGCUUAUUUACAUUCGGAUGCUUCUAUCCCGAUAAUCCAUAGGGAUAUCAAAACCGCUAAUAUACUUUUGGAUGACAUGUAUACCGCAAAAGUUUCUGAUUUCGGGGCUUCGAAACUGGUUCCUGCUGAUAAAACCGAAAUAGCUACUCUUGUUCAAGGGACUUUCGGAUAUUUGGAUCCUGAAUAUUUCUUUUCAAACCAAUUAACUGAGAAGAGCGACGUUUAUAGCUUCGGGGUAGUCCUGGUGGAGUUACUAACAGGUGAAAAGGCGUUAUGUUAUGAUAGGCCUGACAAGCAUAAGAACUUAGCUAUGUAUUUCGUUUGUGCAAUGAAAGAAGACAGGCUUGUAGAAAUUCUCGACAAUAAAAUUGCUAACCGUGAAACUUUCGAAGAAAUGAAUGGAGUGGCGAAGAUCGCACAAAAAUGCUUGAGGAUGACGGGAGAUGAGAGGCCUAUCAUGAAAGAAGUGGCGAUAUUGCUUGAUGGGCUAAAGAAAACCGAGAAUCAUCCCUGGGAAGAGUCAAAUUCUUAUCCUGAAGAAACUAAGUUACUUCUUGACAUCGAUUAUAAAGAGGUUCUUAGCGAUGGAAAUGGUUAUUCGGAAAGCGCUGGUUUUAAUAGUUUGAAGGAUCGGAUGAUGAAUCGAUUAGAUGGCGGACGUUAAAUAUGUAUUCUGUGAUUGCGGGUUGGAAGAAUAUAUUGGUACACAAUUGUAUGUUGUAUUAAGUGUUUAUCAUACUUGAACUAUGUUUGUAUUGUUCAUGUUAAUCAAUAUUGAAUGUUAUUAAAUUGUGUACCUCAUCAUUUUCAAUUAUA